UUCUUGCUACCGCCUGCCUAUUCAUAAAAGAGAGAGAGACGCAAUCUUUGCUCUGUAUCUUAGAGGUUUCCUUCUCUCCUCUUCUCCACUUUCUAAUUAAAAUCUGUAUCAUUCAAUCGCAAAGAUUCGAUUCAUAAAAACCGAACCUUUAAUUCAUCUUGGAGGAGGGUUUCGUAAUCUCUUCUUUUAUGGUUUUGAUUCCUUGGAAUCGAUCAUUCCCGAGUCUGAUCCUCUCGCUUCUCAUCAUUCUAACAAUCGAGAAACCCGACCCGGAAGCCAUGAGAGUCCACCCAAUCCCCAGAAACCUUAACAACACCUUGAUCCACCACCACCAUCAUCGUAACCCGACCCGAGAACCCGGAAAGAAUCUGCGUCGUUUACCGCACAUCUUCAGCCGCGUUCUUGAGCUUCCGUUAAGGUCCGAAGCAGAUGUUGCCGUGGAGGAGAAACACGAUUGUUUCAGAUUCGUGGCGGAGACGGAGGGUCUCUGCGACGGCGGGGAGAUGAGGGCUUACGUGGUGGAUAUCCAUCCGGGUAUAACCAAGAUCGUUGUGAGGACAAAUGGGUUGUCUUUGGGGUUGUCGCUGGACGAGUUGGAGCUCGACAUGUGGCGUUUUAGGCUUCCGGAGACGACCAGGCCUGAGCUUGUUACGGUGGUUUGUGUUGAUGGGAUUUUGAUUGUUACCGUCCCCAAGAUGGUUCCAGAGGAGGAAGAUGGUGGUUUUGGACAAGGUAUGGCAAGUGGGAGGCUUGUUCUUGUUCAGUAAUGCUUUGGAACAAAAAAAUUUACAGUUUGGUUGUGUAAUGAUAUGAUUAUGAUGUCUUUUAAAAGAUUUGCUUUUCGUUUCUUUCAUAUAUUGUUGUUAGCCUUACUUUUUUGUUGGCAAUUUAGUUGAAAUAAAAAAAAAAGACAGGUUGAGA